ACGUGACUGAGACCAGGCGGUCUGUAACGUGGUGAAGGCUCGCCCUCUAGCGGCUAAAUCUGGGACUCGCAGGCGGUUUCGAUCCGGCUGAACCCGGACUCCAGCGCUGGAGGACUGCGAACAGAACCGCUGCGGUGUUCCGCUAAUGCCGCCGCCGAGCCGGAACGUCCACCCGCAGCUGCUGAAGGAGUCGUGACUGAGAGCAGCGAUGGGACGCUACUUUCACAGUGAAGUCCACAUCCACAGUCCUUGGGCUCAGGUGGUCGCCGCGUUCUGGCAGCGAUACCCAAAUCCGUACAGCACGCACGUUCUGACGGAGGACGUCCUGUACCGCGAGCUCACCCCCAACAACCACCUGUUGUCACGGCGACUGCUGACCAAAACCAACCGGCUGCCGGGCUGGGCGGAGCGGGUCUUCCCCGCCCACGUGGCGCGCGCGGUCUACGUGCUGGAGGACUCCAUCGUGGACCCACAAACCAACACGCUCAUCACCAAGACCUGGAACCUGAACCACAACAAGCUGAUGGUAGUGGUGGAGAGAUGUCUGUUCGAGGAGGACCGCGGUCGGCCAUCUUGGACCAGACUAAAGAGAGAAGCCUGGAUCUCGUCAGCUGUUUACGGCCUGGGCCGACCCAUUCAGGAGUUCGGUCUCGCCAGGUUCAAGAGUAACCAGGCCAAAGCCAUGAGGGGGCUGGAGCUGGCGCUGACCCGUAUGCAGAGUAAGGCCCACAAACAAGCAGAAACGAUAUGAACCGAGGCCCCGCCUCCUCCUACUAAUCACCAUGGAAACCAAGAGGAGUCACUAGAGAAGCAGAAGCCCCUCCCACCUAAAGCCACGCCCAAACCCAAUCCGUUCAUCUGAGCGGCUCAGGGUUUUCCUGAGGGGCGGGGCUUCGACUCAGGCUUUGCUGUGAUUGGUUGUCAGGUUUUUUUUUAAACAAAAUUUUCUUGAUAAAAUUAUUACAUAUAAAUGUGCAAAGAGUAUUUAUUUUAUAUUUUUUCAGAAACAGCUUCAUGUAUCAUUUGUUAAAUUGAACUUUUUUUGUGCUUUUUGUUUAGCGAGUUACCACAACAAAUAAAGAGAUGACUGUUAAAAUG